AUGAGGCGUUUGGCUGGCUUGAACUUGCUAAUCAACUGGUUGCUCAUCUUCUCAUUCAUCUCAUCAAAAGUCGUCUGUGCCUCCGUCUAUUCCACAUCAUCUCCAAGUGCAGACUGUCAUGACUAUAACGAGCAUUGCAACGUCAAGACCUUUUGUCGAAUGAUAAAGCUUCGCAAUGGCACCGAGAUACCAACUGCGCUUAAGAAGAUUGCCCUUGGCGGCAGAAAUGUAUUUGCUUGCAAGAUUGCAGCUUGUGUUAGUGAACCCUGCAUGAAUGGAGCGACUUGUACCGAUAUUCUGGAUGGAUAUUCCUGCCAGUGCUCCGGGGAAUUCACAGGAAACCAAUGCGAACAUGCACUGACGAAGGUAUUGCUAAGUCAUGAUCGAACCAUCUAUAAAACUGCAUUCGCAACGACCGACAACUAUGAAGAACGUGUCAACUUGCUCAAUCUUUCUUACCAUGUGGUAUAUACGGCUGCAGCAAGUCGCAUCAAUGCUGUGGAAUACGACCCUAAACAGGACCAGGUCUACUUUGCCUUUGAGACCAGGAUCGACAGGAUUCAGUGGGAUGGCUCAGGGGAACAAACGUUUUUCAACGGAUCAAAUAACCUUGCUCUGGAUGUGAACGGCCGAAUAAUCUACUGGAUCGUCGAGUCUUCUUACUCGAUUUCGAUGUCCCCAAUGGACAUUAAUCAGCUUCCCGUUGAAGGUGAAUUUCUCUAUGAUACCGGGAUCUCCAAUCCUUUUACGGUGUUUUUCGAUCGUUUCCAAGGGAAUUUAUACUGGGGUGAGAGCUCACACAUUUCACGGAGGAUUGGUAACAUGGAGGAGAGUAUUGUCGAGGAGAACAUUAAAUGGGCAAAAGGAUUGUUCGUCGACACAAAAGAUGAUCGAAUGUACUGGAGCCAAAAUACUAAUCGGAAAAAUAUCGAAUCGGUCAGACUAAAUGGGAAGGAUAGGAAAAUGUAUUUUCCUAACUCGACUGGUAAUUCGAGCAGCAAUAAGUUCCGACGAUUCGUUGUCUUCGAUGGCGUAAUGUACUGGUCGGCAGAGAAUACCCCAGGAAUCGGUCGGGUCGAUGUGACCGGAGAUGACCUCAAGUAUUAUCAGCGUGUGCUAGAGCUACGAGUAGAACGCGACGAUGCACACAACGAUAGCGAUGACGAUAAUGACGACGACAUGGAUGGGGUAGACGCGCCUUACGGGACCGUCCAACUGGGAGCGAACAUUGAUUUCUUUAUCAACGGGGAUUUCAAAAAUGAUAGAAUUCAUUAUUAAGAAAUAUCUUGCCAAGUCGACUUAUAAAACACUAUAUGUCGACAUGGCAAGAUAUGAAGUGUCCAAGGCCCUCGAGAGUCUAAAUAUCUCGCCAAGUUGACGUAUAACUUUUUAUAAGUGGACUUGGCAAGAUAAAAUAUGUCGCCGUGUUGACAUGUAACUUGUUAUAAGUCAACUUGGCAAGAUAACUUAUCUCGCCAUGUCGACAUAUAACCCUUUAUAAGUCGACCAUGUCGAUAGAGGGCGCAACAGCUGCGUUAAGACGUAUUUUUGCAUCCUCUGUUUUGGAACUAAGAUAUCUGGAAAUAUCAACGAGAGAACUAACCAUCCGUUUUCAGUAAUCAGGAUAUUGAUAUUCUUAUAUCAACCUUUUCAAGAUUUGGAGAUCAUUUUUCAUAUAUUGCUGUUUAAUUCCAUAUUUCGAGCGUUUAUUUGGUAAUUGGAUCAACAUGUAUGCUGAGAAAGCAACGCCACACCCUGAAUCGCACCUUCCCCGAGGACCAAAACCCGUUUUCAUCCGGACAGAUAACGUAAGAAAUGAGGACAAAAAACCAAUUACGGGUGAGGAAAUCUAUGUUAGUCUUGUGAAGGUGUUCAAGAGUGAUGUUGUUGCCGGAAUUCAACAGAUUCGACGUCUUUGGCGGAUCUAUUUGACUUCCCAUACCGACCGUGUUGAGCUGAUAUCGAAUGGGUUACUGCUACGUGGGGCAAGCGUCCCUGUUUAUGACGUGAACCCAUUCACCCAGUCAAGAGAUGAAAACCUUACGAGAGUUACCAUUAAGGAUAUACCCUUAUCCGUUAGUGAUGAAGUGAUAAGAGCUAAACUACAGGAGAUGAAGUAUGAGAUGCAUGGCGAAAUAUACCGCCAAAAACUAAGGGUAAAUGGUCAGCUAACUAACUGUUUGAACGGUGAUCGUGUUAUCCACAUUUCUCCACCAUCGCAACCUCUUCCCAGGAAACUUGUUUUUGGGAACACAUUUAUGGCUCGCAUUUACCAUUCCGGACAACCUGAGAAUGCCAGUGGCGCCCAUGCAACAUGUUCCAGGUGCUUACAAAUAGGACACCACGUCUCGAGAUGUGUAAACGAGGUAAGGUGCCAAGUAUGCAAGCAACCCGGACAUAUGAGGAAGGAAUGCCCGAACACCCAACAAGCGACAGGGAACCUAGCAACGUACGACGCUUUUUCGUUUCAAUCGCAAACGCAAACUUCGAGCGAGGGAAUCAACGUACAGGAUGAAAUAUCUCGAUCAACCAACAAGACACGACAAACUCGUCUUGCUGAAUUCGUAUCGAAACUGGUACAACAUCCAUCGCAGACGCAGAAUACCAAUGUCGACACUGCAACAGCCGUAGCUUUAGAUCUCCGAUCACCUAGAAGAACGCGAUCAGCGUCACGCCCUAAAGAAGGUUCAUCCGCGUACGCUUCAGACGGAGCGAUGCACUACGCGACUAAGCGUAACAACAUCCGCGAUUACGAUGAUCAAGUGGAAGCAUUGGAGAGCGAAGCUGAAAACAAUCGAAGUGAAAGCGAUGUAGAUGAUGACACAUCCAUGUCACCCGAGACUCCCCCGAAAUCGUCGACGAAUAAAGCAUUAAAGCCUGUGAAACGGAAGAAGAAAGCUACAAAGAAAAAGAAAUAAAAUUUCCACAACGAUGUGAGUAUAAACAUAGAGAAAUCAACAUGGAAACCAAUAUAAACGAAGGACAAAAGAAUUGUGAAAAUGAAAGAACUAGGAACUGGGGUAAACAUGAUCACGUACAUUUUAUAACAUUGAAUGUAAGAGGGAUACGUGAUUCAAUGAAGAGAAAGAAAAGAUUUCUUUGGCUCCAUCGUCAAAAGUGUGACAUAGCUUAUUUGCAGGAAACAUUCUUGUCACGAAACAUAGAAAAUACAGUUUCUAAAGAAUGGAAAGGUACAUGUCUAUUUGAUCAUGGGACAAAUCAUUCCAAAGGUGUAGCAAUUUUUAUUAAAGAAAGGUUACCUAUAACUGUCAUCGACACAUAUUACAAAGGUGAUGGUCGGUCAGUUGCUGCUAGAUUGUUAUAUCUAGAUCGCUUUUAUUUGUGUUUAAAUGUAUAUGCACCUGCUAAAAAUAAAGAGAAAGAGCCUUUUUACUCGUCAUUAUGUAAUUGGGUACAAAAUAUUAAAAAACAAAAUGACGUUAUAAUUGCGGGUGGAGAUUGGAACUGUGUUCAAAACAAAAGUAAGGACACGAGUGGAGUUUCAUACGCAUAUUUACCAAAACAAAACUUUGUCAAAUUUCGAAAAGAGAAUUACUUAGUAGAUGUAUGGAGAAAAAUGUUUCCAGAGAGAAGACAGUAUACAUGGAGACAAUUGUCACUUAACAUUCAUUCAGGAUUAGAUUAUUGGCUCAUGUCAAAAGAGCACUUUCCAUAUACACAUUCCAUAGAUAUUAAACCUGUGUUAAAAUGUGACCAUAAUGCAGUGUCAAUGAAACUUAAUAUCUUAAUACAUGACAGGGGAAAAGGUUGUUGGAAACUGAACAACUCGUUGCUUAAAGAAGAAUCGUUUAAAGAGCAUAUUAAGCGUAUUAUUCACAAGGUUGAUAUGGAUUUUAAUAAUAGAUAUGAUAAACAACUUAGAUGGGAAAUGUGUAAAAUUCGAAUAAAAUAAUUUAGUAUGAAAUAUGCAGUUGAUCUU